AUGCACUGUAGCUGGAUAGUAGUGAUUUUCCUAUUGCUGCUUGGCUACAGUUCAGCUGAAUUGAAAGCUCGUGAGUUUUUCUUAUUUUGGUAUGGUCUUCAAGGAAAGUUUAGAAACGUACGAACUCCCCUCUCUAUUGGUAGACGCCGACCAAUAUUUUUUGCAAAAACGGUUUCCAACCAAUUUGACUUGCCACCUGGCUCCAGGUUAUUCAGAGGUACUCUAUAAUUUCAAAUCUUUCUUGCUCAUGAAACGUUUUAGGCAAGAUUGACCUUUGUCCAGUGGUACAAGGACGACGUCCUGCUUGAAAAUAUCACUGAAGAUUACUCAUGGGAGGACAAAACGUGAGCGUUUUUAUAGACUAAUUAAUUACUCAGGUCAUUUUUCAGGCUCACAAUUUUUGGAGUCAAACAACAAAAUGAAGGUCUUUACCAAUGUCUGGCAGACAUUAUAAAUAUUCGACUGUCGAGUCGGCAACUUGUGGACACGCGUCUUUUCUCGUCUCCGGUCAAGAUCAGGAGGGCACGUAUGACGAAAUUCGACAAGAUCAGCGAUCAUGUGAGAAUUUUUUUAAAUUUCCCUGCUAAAAAUUUUUUUCCCCUUGAUUUAUCAACAAAAAAAUUUUUAUUAAGCGAGAAAUGAGAUAUUCAAUUCAUUUCACCCAGAAAAAGAAACAGUAAAGUUAACUUUUGGAUCCAAUUUUGUUCCCCAGUACAAACUGCAACCUUUUUCAGUAGCCAAAUAGGGUUAGUCAUAGAUUUUGACGCAAAUGUCGUGUUUUUUGUCCUGAUUCUUUAGGGAGGUCUCAUCUGCCAUGUAUUUGAAAAAGACAAUAGAAUUGGCUCGCGUGACACUUGACGAAACCCGUUGCAAAAUGUCUCAAACUUUUUUUUUUGGCUUCUGUUUUUGAGAGUGACUGAGAAGUGCUGAAAAAAAAGGGCGACCACAAAAUUUUUUCCGCUAAUUGGGAACGAAGCAUCGGUGUUGAAAAUGAAGCUGUGAGAGUCUGAAAAAAAAAUGGGGAUUGGAAGUGGUCGGAUAAGUAAGAGCGAAACAUUGAUUGCGUUUAUUUUUUCGGAAAGGUCAAUACAGCUGGAUUUUUUUUUCUCAGACCCUUAUUUCUUCAAAAAACUUGUUCAAUCCUUCUAAAACUUUUUUGAAACCUAGGGAAAGUUGACAACAACUGAAAUGCUUUCUCAUAUGAAAAUGCUUUGAAAAUUUUUUUUUUUCUGUGUCCGAUAAUAACUAAGAAACUGAGCAAUCGGCGAAUUCAGUCCUUUUGAAGUUUCGAUCUGAUAAUCAUUGAAGUUUCUCAGACCUGAACUUUAGGUGUUCAUAGUAUUGAAAGCUUCCAUGUGAGUAACUAUCUAUUCUUUUCAAGAAAACCAACCACAAAGUUUGGGCCUUUAGAACCAGCUUGGCGGCAAGUCUUAUGCAGAUGAGCAAGAUAAUCUUGCACCAUCUGGAGUCGCACUCCACUGUUCCUGUCGCCUCAUUGUGCUCACUUAGUUGUCACACGCAGACGCCCAUAUCCCCAUGACAAGCCAGAUGAACAUGGGAAAGCCGAGCCUCCAACAUUAAGCACAGGCGUUGAAAUUAGGGCGUCGGACCAGCGAACGGCAAUGUGAAAAUGAGCCGUCUUUGUGCCUCUUCUUUUCCAUUUUAGGGUUUUGAGAAGUGGAGGUGGACAAAGCUGAGUUUGGGGUGACCUUAUAUGUGACAUCGAUACGUUCUGAUAAGAGACGUUGAUCAGAAACCCUAAUUUUCUUAAGAAUUCCGACCAAAUCGAAACUUUUUUUCUUAUUAAUUUCGAACAUUCUCCGUUUCUUUCAACCACUGUGAGACCUUGAAAAUCUUUCGAUGAUUAUCAAACAAAAAAAUUUUUUUCCAAUAAGGAUCAUAAAAAUCAUUGAAAUUAUUCCUUUAUCUAUAGAAAUCUUCACUAUUCAUAACAAAAAUCAGAAAAAGAAAUGAAAAAAACUCAUGAAUGAAAACAUCUCAUGUGCUUAUCUUUCUGAGAAACUCAAUGAAAAUUGAAUUCUGACACCUCUGGAGAUUACUCAACUCAUUCUUAUGGCAAAUUCAAUUUGCACUGACAGAUGAACCUCAUCCCAGUUGUCUGCGGAAUUAAGCAGCAAAGCUUGGAAUCAUCUCAAAAUUUCCGGGUAGUUAUCCUCUACUAACGACCAAAUAUGUUGCAUGGAUAAUAGCCGUUCCGGAGGGAGAAACAAUGCAAAUUGGAUGAUUAUAGGCAAUAACAGUGCGGGAGAACGAGGUGGCGCGGCUGCCGUGCGCCGGUAUGCCAGAUGUGGUGCCAGGACCUGCGACCAUUUGCUUCGAACGUCUUGAGAACGACACUUGCCUUGGGGCUAAAAGUCGGUUCUUUUCAAUUUUCGAAUUUUCUGAAAACUGCGAAACAGUAAAAUUAAGGAAAAUAAAGUUUUUACCAAUCACCAAGUUUGAGAAAAAAAAAACAGGAAAAGCUUCACCGGCUACAAAAAUAUUUAUUACCUUGUGAUUUUGAAAAAAAGAGCGUUGUGAGUUUUUUUCUGUUUCAAAAAAAUCUCAAAAAUUCUUAAUUUUGAUAUCCAUGAUUUUUUUGUCAAUGAGACAGUUCGCAAGUCGUUUCUGGUCGGGAGAUGGAAAGAGAAAAAAAUAUAAAUUUUAAUAGACUUGAAAUUUUUUUCCCGCUAAAACCGGACGGUUCAACAAAUCAAAAAAAUGAAGUAUAACAUUACUCUCCAUUUUUUGACGAAACAUGUGAUUUUUCAGAUAGCACAAAAUACCUGACGACACUAACCGGCAUGCAGAUAUCUUUGGUGCAGCCUUCAGACGCCGGUUUCUACCACUGUCUAGUCCGUAACGAAUACACCAACAUGACCAGACGAAGUCCCAAGCCAGUUCUUCUCUAUGUAAGCUCAAAAAAGGAAACCUCUUUUUUCAUUUCUUUUUUUUGUAGGUCAGAGAAGCGAACAGUACCGAUGAUGAGCCUUCAUCUGAUUCGGAAAUCAAGCCAACUUUGACGUUCCCAGCUAAAGAAACUACGGUCGACGAACCGAUCCCCGUUGAUGUCGUGGAAGGAGAUGACGUCCUUCUUGAAUGCGUCAUUGCUUUGGCGAAGAUUGUGUGGAUUAAAGUGAGUGAUAUAAAAUGAAAUUUUCACUGAAGAUUAUGUUAUUCCAGCAAAAUGAUUCGACACCUAUAAUUUCGAUGAACGACAAUAACUCGAGGUUUCAGCAAGUCUGGGGAAAUUUGAAGAUCCAAAGUGUCGCACAAGGUGAUUCGAACCCAUUAAUUAUUUUCAACCAACUUUUUCCCAGGAGAUGCUGGAGUGUAUUCAUGUUUUGGACUUCCGAUCGUUGGGUCGAACUCGGUGGUCGAUGAGAAUACUCACCCCAGAGUGGACUAUAGAGUCACAGUUCAUUCUCCAUCAGGCGUCCAUCUUGGAAUAACUCAACAAGCAGAUAAAAGCUACAUGGUAAGACAAUGAUUCGACAUGUCAUUCUAUAAAGAGAAACUUAAGCUCGAAUGUCUUGCUACCAACUUGGAUUACGAGAUUCCAAUGGCGUUCAUCAAUGGUACGCCAUGGACCGAAGCCAUUCCAAAAAUGGGAACGAUAACAACCACAAACUUUUUCACGAACCCUAUCAGAGUUUUGUUGAGAGUUUCGGAUCUCUUCACGGGAAGCAUUCAGGUUAUUUUUCAUCCUCAAAGAAUACAUUUUGAUUCUGCUUCUUCCAGUGCAUUUCAAGACCAGCUAUGGAAGAAGCUGAAGUUUACGGGCAUGGAAUGGAAAGCGGGAGAUCGAAUAACUUCUUUGUGAUCAAUAAUCCUUUCGCGACUGAUAAUCUGAUCAUGCAAGGGCCCAACAACUUGACUGUUAGAGCAGGCGGAACAGCUGAUUUUCCAUGCUUAGUGCAGAGAGUUCGUAGCAAAUCCUGGAAAAAAAGUAACACUUGCAUAUUUUUUCUAGUUUACAUCUACCUUUCAGAUGGGAAAUACAUCAGUCUGUUUUCGAACAAAACACAGCUUGUCGGGUCGAACUCUUUGAGAGUGAAAAAUGUGGAUAUGAACGAUAUUGGCUGGUACACGUGCGUCGUCAUUGGUCAGACUCUCCAGCAGAGCGAAUCAAGCGCCUUUCUCAAUGUCAUUCCGGCCGACGCUCCAGAAUCUGAAAUUCCUGAAACUUCCACUGAACCCUUUCUUGCCAAGAAAAAAGUGAGGCUAUUAUAAUUCUGUUAUGACAAAAUGUAAAGAAGUUCAAUGAGAUCGACAAGAGAAUAUUAAAAAUGUAGAAUAUUUUGUUAAGUGAAUGGUUUCUUGAUUAGUUUCAAAACUAUACUAACUAAAAAAAACUAUUUCUAGGCUCAUCAAAAGAUACAAAAAAUGAAAAGAGAUCCCCAUUUUUCAGGAAGAGAAAAUUGAUGUAGAAGAUGUCCGUGGUUUCGUAACGGGAACUCAAGUACGAAUUCAAUGGUCUGUUUUUGGCAAAAUGGAAGCUCUGACCACUAUCUCCAACUUCAAGUUUUUUUCUAUCGAAUUUUCGAUGAUUUUAUGAUUUUUUCAGAAUUGAAGUUCAAAGAUCAGGGGCUCCAAAUGAUUCUUGGAUUGAAGCGGAAUCGGUUGACAGCCAUGUUCGGGCCACGACUAUCAAAAAUCUGAUCCCGGAUAACAAGUGAGACACUUGAAAUUCAGUUCGAAAUGGUCAAAAUGAUCUUAUUCAGAUACAAAUUCCGAAUUCUCUUGAAUCGGGACAAAGGUGCGCCGGUGAUAAGUACACCAACUUCUUGGAUGACUGUUGAGCAACCUUCUCGCGAUGUUUUACCUACCCCUCCAUUGGUUGGAUACGCUCAAAAAUCUUCUAAAUUCUCCUGAUUCCAGCUCGAAGUUUUCCGUCAGAUUUCCUGGGACAAAGCAAUCGUUAAAUGGUCUCAUGAAUCGCCAAUUUCGAACGGGGCUGCCAAGACUUUCAUGAUAGUUCACAGUGAGAAGGACAGCAACAAAUCUUCUGUGGUGAGAAUAUUUUUUUGAUUUGGAAAUUUCAAUGGCUAAAUGGUUUUUCAAGGAAGCUGUCCCGUGGAGUUGAUUUUGGAAAAAAAAAAUUCAAAUUUUUUUUAAAGAUUGAUUUAUUCCAAUAGAACGGAAAAAUGAGGAAAUUAAUCAUUUAAUUUUCCAAUAACUUAAAACAAAAAAAGAAAGACUUGUCAUGUCAAAAAUUUCAUUUUUGAAGAUUAAUUGCUCAUUUUGAUAGUGCUCUGUUAACUUAAGCUUGCAGUGACUUUCUGCAUUUUUUUUUUUUUUCAGAUUGAAUUAUCAAAUUAAUUCCAAAUUUUUGUUAUGAUAAGGCCAAUAACUAUUCAAAUCUGAUUUUUUGCUCUGCAAUUUUCCCUUUUUCAGACUCAAGUCGACGGAAAUCAGACCGACGCUGUCAUCAGCAAGUUGCACAUAGGCCGGGUAUACACAGUGAGCAUGGUGGCCGAGAACGCCGCCGGCAAAAGUCUUUCGAGCAACGAGUUGGAAUUGAAAGUCACCGGUGCGUUGCUUCCCAAUUUUUAGCUAACAAAAAAUGUUGGAAUUCGAAGCAAACAGUCUUUUUUUCCUGUGUUUGUGGUGCGUUGCGCAGUUGUUAUUCCACGUGCACCUGCAUGUCGGAGGAACCUGGCUUAACUCUAAGGAGUUGGGUUACUUGGCUUCGCUCGUUCCAGUUGCACUUCUUUUUGAACUCCGGCUCGACUACUGAUAGUUUUCAGUUUUUUUUAGAUUCUGUAAUGUUACGAAGGGUUCAAAAGUUCUAAUUUUAAGACAUUCAAGUUUUAUUUCUCGUCGUAUCUCAAAGCAAGUUUAUUAUUAAAAUCUGAAAGUCAUCUAAGACUCCUCAAAAAUCUGCCUAUAAAAUUCAAAAGUUUGAUUUUCUCCGAGGUUUUGAUAUUUAUAACGGAACUACCGUUGAAAAUACUUCAUUACUUUUAAAAAUUCAUUCUUUUUAAAAAAAGAUUUUGAGACAAAACGUACUUGAAAAAAAGCGCUUAGAAGCUCUCUGAAACGGAAUGUUUAGCUUGAAUAUCAUUAUCACUUCCUCAGUGCUCAGGUGCGAAGUGACAGGAAAAUAAUUUGGAUUUGCGUUGCGAGCCGUCCCGCAUUACUAUUAUUACACUGUGCGGCGAGCCUCGGCUCUCAGUUUUGCCCUGAGAAACUGGACUAUUGUCUUCUUUUCCCUCAAAAAAACUUGAAACAAGUAGUUUUCUUAUCGAGUUAUUUUUUUUGCUCCUUUUUGAUAAAUCCAUAUUUUUCUUGUUUUCAGAGCCUGAGGUGACAAUGCUGGUACGGGGUUAUUUCGAAACCUUCUUGACUCACGUGACGUUCCGCAAUUUGGCUUUAUUUGGAAUAAUACUUUUUGUUUCUCUUUUGGUCAUUCUCAUCUGUUGUUCUGUUUUUUGCAACUUGAGAUCUGGGAAGAAAAAAGCGCCUCCUUCUAAGAAUCAACGUGAGUGGAAUCAAUAGAAAAAAUCGAAAAAGUGAAUUUUUCAGCAAAUGGGAAGUUUUUCGACGCUUCAUUCCGGAUUUUCAACGAGCAAAAAGUUCACAAGUCACGAGCAUUUCAAGAGAAUGAUUUGUUUGACGGUGAUUUCGACGAAAGCAGUCCUUUGAAAAAGGUUUGAGAUUAAAAAUCAUCUUUAGACAAAUGGUCAUUUGAUAUGAUAGCAGUAUUUUUCUAGAAGUUUGUAAUUUUGUCUUUGCAGAGUGAGAAACGGUUGUCGGCUCAUUCCCUCAAGUAUGAUUUCACGGAAAGCGGAGUUCUGCCCAACUUGUAUGGUGGAAUUGGGGAAGAUCAGGAGGACAGAAUAUCUCAUGAUCUUCCUAACGACUCCAAUUUCGUACGACAGUCUAGUGCAGGUGACUUUUGGUUUCUUUUUCGAUAUUUAGGGGUGUCAAAAUUGAAAAAUCGCUUUAUUUAUAUUAACAAAAGAUACAAUGAGAAUAAAAUAAGAUUUAUUGAAUAUUCUCAAACUAUAACCCAUAUGACUCGCCAAAAUAGUUUUUUUCUCUCUCUGUUAAAUUUUCUGGCGGAGCACGCGAUCAUCAAUAGAACAAACUUUUUUGAUUGGAAAAAAAAUUGCAAGCUUUCUCAGUCCCACGAGAAUAUGCGACCCAUACGACGGCUCGAUGUUAUUCUCCAAGCAGCCGAACUUCUCAUGAAAUGCUCGUUUCUUAUUCACAAAGCAUGGGCCGAUCUUCGAUUCAGGAUUCAAACUCUCAGGUAACACAAGAUUUUCAUUUUUUUUUGUGUUUUUUAUUCAAAAAAUAUUAAAAUCAUUCAACAAACUAUCAAAUUUGAAAUUAUCAAAACGAGGAGUGUUUAAGGAAGCUUUCAAAACCGAAAAAAAAAAUCAAUAAUAAAAUUAGACCAAGCAGAAGAAUAACAAAAACUACAUCUGAUCGCUUGAGAUUGUACCAUUUUCAUAUAUUUUCUGAAAUAAAAAAAUCCGACCUUUGCAUGGAAAGAAUUGGUAUCAUACAACUCUCUCAACUUGUUCUUGAAGAUCUGCGGAACCCUGUCGAAGGUGACGGCGUACAAGUAUCCCGACUCGCUUCUCUAUUCUCCCGGUACCUCGUCGUCAAUCGCAGAUACGAGCAGCAGUGGGAUCGUUGUCAACAGAAUGAACUGCGACUCGCCGACAAAUGCUCCGUGAGAUCUUAUAACUUCCGAAAAAGAAGUCGCCCUUUUAAAAAACAAACUAUACCACUCUUUACCUUCUUAGAAACGCCUUCGGUCGCAAACCGUUUGUGGUCGGAUGCUGUAGAAGACGUUAUUGAACACUUUUGUAGCCACCCAUUUUUUUCAGCCGUCACAGCACCUCGAAAUUUCGCAAAAAAUUACUUUUUGAUGAAAAAAUCAAUGUUUCAGAACGGACGAGAGCGACCAAGGAAUCCGUUGCGGAUCUUCUCGAAACAGUCACAUUUCCUCCACAGAUUCAAAAGCCAUUCCCAUGCACACUUUCAAACCAAACAUCGUUACUUCCUCUUUCAUGAGCACCUUUGAUAGGAGGAAACCGACCCCUGUGCUACAAUAG